CACAGGCGGCAGCCUACAUACCCAAACCGUGGCAGGUCCCUCAUGGUGUCUUGCUGAGGAGGGCCCCAGCCUAUCACCCUAUCAAAAAAAACCGGGCAACCGGCAAAAAAAACAGUAAAAGCCUCUCGUGGGCACAAAAGAAUAUAUUCUAGCCUUCUUUCCAACCACCCAACUUUUCAUCUCCGACGCCGCCGACCGGCCGCGCGUCUCUCAGUAAAGAAUGGCGACCACCGAAGCCGCCGCUCCGGCCGCACAGACGACCGCUACUCCUCUGACAAAUUCGUCGCUCUACGUGGGUGACCUGGAGAAGGAUGUCACUGAGGCCCAGCUGUUCGAAUUGUUCUCUUCGGUUGGCCCCGUCGCCUCCAUCCGUGUGUGCCGUGAUGCCGUGACGCGCCGCUCGCUGGGCUAUGCCUACGUCAACUAUAACAGCGCUCUGGACCCCCAGGCCGCGGAGCGGGCCAUGGAGACGCUGAACUAUCACGUAUUAAAUGGCAAGCCCAUGCGCAUUAUGUGGUCGCACCGCGACCCCUCGGCCCGCAAGUCCGGUGUGGGCAACAUCUUUAUCAAGAACCUGGACAAGUCAAUCGAUGCUAAAGCGCUGCAUGACACUUUCUCCGCGUUCGGCAAGAUCCUUUCUUGCAAAGUGGCCACUGAUGCGAACGGCGUGUCUAAGGGCUAUGGCUUCGUGCAUUUCGAGGAUCAGGCUGCUGCUGACCGCGCUAUUCAGACGGUCAACCAGAAGGAGAUCGAGGGCAAGAUUGUUUACGUGGGCCCCUUCCAGAAGCGUGCUGACCGGCCUCAGGGCAAGGAUGUCUACACCAAUGUGUUCGUCAAGAAUCUGCCCGCGGAGCUCGGUGACGAUGAGCUGUCUAAGAUGGCGACAGAAUUUGGGGAGGUGACCAGCGCCGUGGUCAUGAAGGACGAAAAGGGCAGCAGCAAGGGCUUCGGGUUCAUCAACUUCAAGGAUGCUGAGUGCGCAGCCAAGUGCGUUGAGGCUCUGAACGACAAGGAGAUCGGCGGCAAGGUGCUGUAUGCGGGACGCGCCCAGAAGAAGACUGAGCGUGAGGCGAUGCUGCGCCAAAAGGUGGAGGAGAGCAAGCAGGAACGGUACCUCAAGUACCAGGGCAUGAACCUGUACGUGAAGAAUCUUGCCGAUGAGGUUGAUGACGACGCCCUGCGCGACCUCUUCACCAGCUGCGGCACCAUUACUUCGUGCAAGGUCAUGAAGGACACCAGCGGCAAGUCCAAGGGCUUCGGGUUCGUGUGCUUCACUAGUCAUGAUGAGGCCACCCGCGCCGUCACGGAGAUGAACGGCAAGAUGGUCAAGGGCAAGCCCCUGUAUGUCGCUCUCGCUCAGCGCAAGGACGUGCGCCGCGCACAGCUGGAGGCCAAUGUGCAGAACCGCCUUGGCAUGGGGGCGAUGACUCGCCCGCCGAACCCCAUGACUGGCAUGGGGCCAUACGGUCCUGGUGCGAUGCCGUUCUUCGCUGCUGGACCUGGUGGCAUGCCUGCUGGACCUCGCGCUCCUGGCAUGAUGUACCCGGGCCCCAUGAUGCCGCCGCGCGGCAUGCCUGGCCCUGGUCGUGGCCCGCGUGGCCCCAUGAUGCCGCCGCAGGCGGCUGCCUUUGGGCCCAUGAUGGCUCCACCAAUGGGUCCCGCCCGCGGCCGCGGCGGCCGUGGCCGUGGUCCCAUGAUGCCCAUGGCACCGUACCCGGGCCCCGGCCCCGUGGAGUUUCCGGUUCCUGCGCCAUCUGUCGCUGCUGCCUCUGUGCCGGUGCCCGCUGUUGCUGUGCCCGCGCCGGAGCCGGAGGUUCCCGCUGCCCAGCAGCCGCUGACCGCGGCCGCUUUGGCCGCUGCCGCCCCAGAGCAGCAGAAAAUGAUGAUCGGCGAGCGCCUCUACCCGCAGGUGGCAGAGCUGCAGCCUGACCUGGCUGGCAAGAUUACCGGUAUGCUGCUGGAGAUGGACAAUGCCGAGCUUCUGAUGCUUCUAGAGUCGCAUGAGGCGCUAGUUGCCAAGGUGGAUGAGGCUAUUGCUGUGCUGAAGAUUCACAACGCAAUCCCGGAGGUGCCGAAGGCGUAAGGGCUGAGUCUGUUGCUGCAUGUUAAGCCGGAGCUCUCCGCCGAUGCUGUGCUUCGGCCUGGGUGGUAUGGAUUCCGGCUGUGGUGGCGACUGCUUAUGUCUCUACGGCGAUGGCCUGGUUGCGAAGAUGAGCUACGGUAUGCAGGGCAACGGCGUAAAUUGAAGCUUUGCGUCGUAACGAGUGUGUACGUUGCUUGUUGAGUCAUCUUUCCAAAUUCUAUUGGGUGUAAGGUACGCUUGUGGCAGGCUCAUUCCCACGGUUGCGGCAAUAUGCAAUCAAUUGCGAAGGACAGGUUGUCGGAAGUGAAGGUGGAUGGAUCAGUGCGACAUUGCUGUCGGAUUUCCAGUUCGGUAUUUCCUUUAAAGUAGCUGAACAUGUUCGAUUGCAUCGUGCUGUCGUGGAUCAGAUAUUUGGAAAGGAAUACCGGGUUGUUAACGAACUGGCCAGAUGCUAUAGUUCCGUGUAUCAAUCCUGUAAAAGCCGGGUCUCUAAA